ACAAGUGCACCAAAGGCCGGAUUAGGGUUGAUGAUGUGGAGACUCAUGCUGAUUUGUUCCUCCUAUGUCACAGCUCAGGUGGCAUCACAAGAAAUUACAGCGCUGUGUGAAGUAUAUGAAGAAUAUGAUUUUCCACCAGAAAGCACUGUGGCUGCUCCAUCUUUUCUGGCAGACUUGAAAGUGAAGCGGGUGACAUGGGAAGGAAGGGACAAGCUGAACAUAAGCUGGGCAAUCAACGUUGAUUCCAGUAUCAUUCACCUGACUGGCACUUCGAUAACCAUUUCGGGAGAACCAGAAUACCGCUGUAAAUACAACCCACCUCUGUCUCAAGCAAACGUCUCUGGAUCAGAGCAGAAGUGGUUUCAUUUUUUUGUGAACAUAAGAUGUGGCUUCUACGCAAUAGAGGGUGCAAACCUCCCUUUGCCUCCUAUGGGGAGUGGUGCAACUAACAAGGCCGCCAGUAUUGACAUUGCUUGUGGACCAAAAGCACCUGUUAUGUCAAAGUCUACUCACACUCCUACAGUUGAGAUCCUUCCUGAGCCGACGUCUCCAACCCUGAAAACGAAAGACGUCUGCGUUGCUGUUUUUGGAGGCCUGUCUGGUUUGAUGUUCCUGAGUUGCUGCUACCUAAUCUACAAAAGUUGUGGACCGAAUGUUGCCGCGUCAUUGGGUUUCAAACACUUGCCCGUGUCCACCGAGGUUCUUGUCCCUGUCCUUGUAGUCUACCCUGCUGAGAACUCGGCCUUCCAGCGGGCCGUGGUGGCGCUGGCUGAGUUCCUGCAGGGGCAUGGCGGCUGCAGCGUGGCCUUCGACAUGUGGCAUCAGGAGAAGAUCGCUGAGCUGGGCCCGAUGCGCUGGCUGGCAGAGAAGGCCGAGGCAGCACACCGAGUGCUCAUCGUCUGCCCAGGAACGGAGACUGCCAUCUCCUGCCCUCCUCAACACGGCAUCCCAGAACUCUCCAUCCCAGCUGCAGCUCAUGACCUCUACCCUCUGAUCCUCAACAUGGUGGCGAGCAGUGCCAAGAACGCCAGCGAGUUGGCGAAGUUCUGGGUGGUGCAGCUGGGCGCGCAGCAGGACAAGAAGCCUUCGACCUUAGCGCCGGAACUGAGGACCUGCAGGACUUUCCGUUUGAUGAAGGAUCUAAGCAAACUUUGCAAAGGUCUUCAUGAUGUGAGGCGGAGUGACAAGAAGAUAUCAGCUCUGCUGUUUAGACCAGGGGUUUCCUACUGCGAGAAGAAGGCGUCAAAGUUAAGGGAAGCAGUGGAAAUGCUCAGGGGCCACCAGCCGAGCAUUUCCGAGAUGCAACCGAUGAAAUCUGUGGUCAGCACUGUUUGAAAAUCUGUAAUGAGAAUGUUUUGACUGACGGAUGAAGAAUGGGUCAGGAUGAGUUGGUGAGUGCAUAGCAGGCUCUUGCCUUUUGCUUACAGUUUUGUACAAUUCAUUUAUUUACUUGUUUUUCCACAUGACAUAGACAUGCACUUCUGUCUGUGUUUUUAUCUUUGGUUUAGAAUAAAAUCAAAGUUGCUCAUUUUUGCUUUUUAUGUACAUUCUGCCUCAUUCAGACAUGCCCUUUUAGUGUCUGUUGUCAUUCUCCUGUGGAAAAUAUAAACUGCUUCAAGGCCAGUGAGUAUCAACAAAUUUAAAGGAACAGAUGACAAAGACAACUUCUCUUUGCCAUUUUUGUAUAAAAUACCCAAAUAAUAAUUUAUUUGUUGUAUUUGUUUGUUUCUUCCUCAAUAUUAAAUGAAAAGAAAGACAUAGUUGUACCAAAAUUCAUUUUCUAAUUAGCCACCAACUACAUACUACGCUGCGUGUUCUAUGAAAAUCUGUGUGAUUCCUGGAUAAAACCCGCCCCUGCUCAGUGGGGCUUUUCACAAGGUUGACGGUUUGCAUUGUUUCCUCCCACACAGCAAAGUUCUAAACUGUUUGCAGAUGUGAGUGGGUUUUUGUCUGUCAACAGAUGUUACCCCUGUGAUGUUCUGGGCAGUAAUCCAGUGCACCCUGCUUCUCUCCAAAUGCAUCCCCUGGUAGACUCCUUCAACAUAUUAACAGAAUGUAAUGAACACUGCUGUCAGCUGACCACAGCGGGUCGACCUACUAAACACAUAAGUAGCAGCAGAAUAUACAACACUACAAUUACAGCACGUACGUACAAGUUCAAAACAUGGAAUGUGUUAAAACUGAUGUGUAUGUAAGACACAUUUUUUCAGUUGACAGAUUGUGUUGGAUUUGUACAGGAAUGGAUUCAUAAACUAUAAUAAUGGUGAUUUUUUUUUUUUUACUGUCAUUGUGACUUGGGGCCACAAAUGUUGUGUAACAAUAAAUAUAAUUCACCUAACAAAUUUCUUUCUAUA